GUCAAAGGCAUUUGGUAUGCGCGAAGGUCAAAGGAUUCCUUUAGAAAGAUGGCGGCUGCUUUAUGUCAGUGCUACCGGGUAUGGAUGCCCAGUGCAAAAAAGCUUGCAAAGUUCUGCCACCUUGUACCUUACAACAGUAUUAGCCCUACUCAGAUGUAUUUUCCUGCUCUACAGCUGAAACAGUUGCGGUACUAUUCAUCUCGCAGUAGACGAGGAUUUCUAGCUGGGCUUCUUGAUAAUAUCAAACAAGAACUGUCAAAAAACAAAGAAAUGGAAGAAAACAUUAAAAAAUUUCGAGAGGAAGCAAAGAAAUUAGAAGAAUCUGAAGCUCUGCAACAUGCUCGCAAGAAAUUUAAAUCAAUAGAAUCGGAAACAAUGAAGACAUCAGAAGUGUUCCGAAAAAAGUUUGGAUCGCUUUCAGACACUGUCAAGGAG